AAAAAUAUGUAGGACCACUACUCCGGAAGUUUGACUUGCAAGCGGAAACGCCUGUGUUUACAAUAUUCUCAGCUAUAUUCUAUAUGCAAUAUUCUCAAAAUAAUGGCGUGUAGAACACCAAUUAAAUGUAAAGUGUAGAUUUUCAGUUUGCGCUACAAAAUGUCUCUCUUCAAGGGCCACAUUGAUAAAUUGACUCGGGUUUACGAGCGUUAUACAGAGUAUGUUAGAAGGAACCCAACUGCAACGGCACAGGUGGAGAGCAUAGUUCGGACUAUUUCUUACCUAAUCGCAGGAAGAUUUGCAGAUUCCCAUGAACUAUCUGAACUUGUGUAUUCUGCUUCCAAUCUCCUGGUGCUUUUCAAUGACAGCAUUCUGCGCAGAGGCCUGAAAUGUGCCUUAACUGUGUCCAUCUCACAACAGAGAAUACUCACCUGGCUUUCUGUGUUGGAGUAUGUGGAGGUGUUCCUGGAGAUGGGUGCCCAAAAGGUGUGCGGUGAAGUUGGCUGCUGGCUCGUCAUCGGACUCAUUCAAAUUUUCAAGGCAGUUUUUCGCCUUGUGCUUCUUUUGCGGUACAAAUCGGGCAUCCAGACUUCACCGCCGAUUAUCCCCCUUGACAGAGGUGCAGAGCUAGGUGACAAAGAUGAUGGAAGUGUGGAGCAGCAAGACAACGGCUGCUUUGUGGGCCAGAGGACAGGCCGUGUCAUCAGAUCACUGGGCAGCGCUCCCUCCGCACAGCCUCUGCAGUGGGGAGCAGCAGCCAGUGAGAAAAAGAGAAGUCGCAACUUGAAGGAAGAGAAGUUCCACAGCAAACCAACACCCUUGAGGCUACAGGAGACCGUCGCUGAAACUGUGUACAUCAGUCGACCUCUUGUGCACUUGCUCAGCCUUGGACUCUGUGGAAAGCAGUCCUGGAAGCCAUGGCUUGUCUCUGCAGGUCUGGAGCUUUCCAGCUUUGCAGUUCUCCGUGAGCGAAUUUUUGAUAACAGAUGGGAGAGGGAAGAGAUGAGGAGAAGAACCUUUCUUUUACUCUACUACCUUGUCCGUUCCCCAUUUUAUGACCGAUAUUCAGAAGAAAAGAUUAUUUUCUUGCUGGGACUUCUGGCCAAGCAUGUUCCAGGAAUAGGCCUCAUAGCACGGCCACUCAUGGAUUAUUUGCCCAGCUGGCAGAAGAUCUACUUCUACAAUUGGGGAUGAAACAGACAAACAGAUUGUAGUUGGAAGGAGCCAUAAAUCUGGUCUGUACAGUAGUAGUUGCCACAGCCCCGUAGGGAGAAGUCCAUCUAAAAUAAAUAUUUUGUAACAUGUCA